AUGCGGGACGCAAUUUGGGCACAGAGGAUUCAGGAAGUAGCUCCUCUGCGUCUGAACCUGCCAGAUUGGGCUCUGCCAGUGAAAUGUGUUGGCUCGGCACUUCCAGUUUUCGACCCCAAUACUGAAUUUCUGUCCUCAUGUCUGUUAACCCUCUGUGAAAUUGUGGUUUCCCUACUAUCUGUCCUGCCUAUUCUCGCAGAAUUAUACAAAUUGGCUGGUCAGGAGCGCGGCAAGUUCACCAUCAAGGGUAAACUGGCGUUCUUGUGUGCACUUAUCGCCCCUGUGGUAAGACUCUCAAUCAUGUACCAGGACCAAUCUAGCUCCACGGGCGCCGACUACUUUAUUGUGGCAGUCGGAUUUGUGGCGGCUCUACUCCAUCAUGUCCAAGAAGGUCGGGUUUUGGUUUGUUCGUCUGAGCUGCUCCUCUAUUGGCUCUGUAUCGGGCUUACUUCAAUCGGUCGUGCUGUCGACGCUUUUCUAAGCCAGGCUCCGUCAUGGCAGCUUACUGCUGCAGUGGCUGUGCUCAGUGUUUUUGCGUUCAUUCUUGAGUAUUCGAACGACCGUGUCCAUGGUGUAGUCGGCUAUGACACUGUGAGCAUCUUUGAUAAGGUUUCGCUAAAUUUCAUGAGCCCUCUUUUGAAAGCCGGUGCUGAAAGACAACUUACCCAGUCAGAUUUUCCUGAACCAAGCAAAGGUCUUACUUCUUACAAUUCUUACCACAAGCUGAACGAAAUUUUCGAGACGUACAGUCCCGAUUCCAAGUACCGUGUUAUUUUGAGUGUUCUGUGGUUGCUCAAAUCCCAGAUUCUCAGCAUCGUUGUUAUCGAUUCAAUAGCUGAAGCCCUCACUUAUUUCCGUCCCUUGGCACUGGCUUGGUUUCUGAAAGCACUUCGUGAUUUCUACAACGGUGAAGUACCUAUUUUUCAUGCAGCUUACUUUGGGGUUUUGGUAGGAGUCCUACCUAUCCUCACAACUGCUCUACAGAAUAUUAUCCAACUGGUUAAUGCUUAUACCUACGUGGUUUCGCGUUCCUCUUUGACUGGGUUGAUUUACCGCAAGGCACUUCGUCUCUCCCCAAAGGGACGAGAAGUAUUUGAUUCUGCCAAGAUUAUGAACUUGAUCAAUGUCGAUUCAGAUCAAAUCGAAACUGGGCUGAACUUUUUACCGAAUUUUGUUAGUGCCCCUGUCGCUCUCAUUAUUUCAACCUGGCAGUUGUAUUUCUUUAUCGGAAAAAGCAUGUUUGCCGCUAUUCCUCUUUACGCUCUUUUUGUUCCUUACUCCAGCUACAUGUCAAAGUUCUUCUUCACUCUUUACCCUGAAAUCAUGAAGGUCAAAGAUCUGCGAACCAAGGCUACUUCCAAUGCGCUGCGCAAUAUUAAAUCGGUAAAGCUCUAUGCUUGGGAGGAACCUCUAGCGACUCGUAUUGAUAAUAUUCGUGAACGUGAGAUCCAAAUUGUCCGGCGUACUCAAACUAUCGGUUCCAUGCUUGGCGGUGUUUGGUCCACCAUGAGUGAUUUCGUUGCUGCUGCCGUCUUUAUUGCAUUCUUGUACUUCAAACAAGGUCAACUUUCGCCUGAGGUUGUUUUCCCAGUCUUGGCUUUGCUCAUUAAUUUGACUGCUCCCUUCGCUUUGAUUCCCAUGUCUAUCACUUCUCUGGGUCAAGCUUUCGCGAGUCAGAAGCGUGUGAACGAGCUCAUGCAAGAGGAGGAUCAAAAGUCUCUCAAUAUUCUUCGCUUACCUGCUGAUGAUGGGUACGAUAGCGAUACCAUCAAAUUUGAUAACGCCCAAGUAUCCUGGAAUGGUGACUCUGAUGAAGACAAGAUUGCUCUCAAGGACCUCCGCUGGACAGCUUCCAAUGGUGAGCUAGUUUGCAUCACCGGUCGUGUCGGCAGCGGUAAGACUGCAAUGCUCAAGGCUUUGUGUGGUGAAUUGAAGAUUGUCAAUGGCUCAGUUGUGGUUCGUGGUUCCAUUGCUUAUUGUCCUCAGGAAGCAUGGCUUCAAAACAAGACAGUAAAGGAAAACGUUUUGUUUGGUUUGAAGUAUGAUGAGGAUUUCUACCUUCGCACCAUUAGAGCUUGCGAUCUCGAGAAAGAUGUUGAGUCGUUGCCCAAUGGCCAUGACACUGGUGUAGGUGAGCGUGGUAUUUCACUUUCGGGUGGUCAGAAGGCCCGCGUGGCAUUGGCGAGAGCAGUUUAUUCCCGUGCGGAUAUUUAUGUGCUUGAUGAUGUGCUUUCUGCUGUCGAUGAGCACGUAUCGGCACAUUUGAUCGAUAAUCUUCUCGGACGGAAUGGUAUUAUUGCAUCGAAAACAAUUAUCUUGGCCACCAACAAUGUCAAAGUGCUGUCGCAUGCGUCCAAGAUCAUUGCUCUUCGGGACAAGAGCAUUGUGGAGCAAGGUACUCUUGGAGAAGUGCGUGACAAUAAGGAAAAGUCUGAAAUCUAUCGUUUGAUCAAGGAGUUUGGCACUGGUGGAAAUAUAGACAACGUGACUUUGCAUGAUCGUAAGAAGCACAUCUCGUCCAAGGAGGCUUCAGACGAGAAACCACCAGAGCUCGAUUAUUCUAAGCCAUCCCUCCUCAAAGAUCAAGAAGAAGAGGAGCAAGACAAUGGUUCCGUUUCGUGGAAACUGUUCCGUCGCUAUUUCCAAGCAGGUGGAUAUUGGACUUUGGCAGGUUCUGUGGUUAUUACUAUCUGUUCGGUAUUGGUUAUGAACAUGUUGACCAUUUGGCUGGGACUAUUGUCAAACCAGGGCUUUUCCAAUCUGUUUGAUGCUAGGUUCUACGUGAUUGUGUAUCUUGUUAUCGCAUUCGUUUCGGCUUUCCUCAUUUUUUUCAGCAGCUUCUGGACCAUGUCUAUCUUGGCUCUUCGCGCUGCCACGGUCAUCCACAACGAGAUGGUUCGCACAACACUGCACGCUAAAAUGACCAUUUUUGAUACCACGCCUCUCGGUCGUAUGUUGAAUCGUUUCACGGGUGAUAUUCAGAACCUGGACAGUAAGCUACCGUAUGCGGUUUACUAUAUGUUCCGAUCACUUUUGAACUCGAUUCAAGCGGCGAUAAUUGUUCUAUUUGGUGCUCCUCUUGUCAUUAUCGUUGUCUUGCCCAUGACUUUACUCUCCAACAUGUACCGCAAAAUGUACGUUCCCGCUUCUCGUCAAAUCUCUAGAAUGAGUUCUGCGGCCAAUAGUCCCAUUCUUGCUCAUAUUGAAGAGAGUAUUAAGGGUGCAGCAAUCAUUCGAUCCUACGGAUUCACGGAGCAGUUUAUCAACAAUUUCGAGUAUCGCACUGAUUACUGGAUUGAGACGACCUUCUUAAAGAUGAAUUCUCGCCGCUGGUUGACUUGGCGUAUCCAGGCGAUGACGGCAAUCUUGGGGUUGUGCGCAUCGUUGACAAUGGUCGUUCUAGUCUAUAAAGGCCUGCUUUCCGUUGGAUUCGUUGGUGUCGUUAUGCACAACACAAGUCGGCUGGGUGUCAUGGUCCAGCAAACCAUUUUCUUCUUUGCCGAACUCGAGAUUUGUGGUGUAUCCCUUGAACGUGCCAUUGAAUACAUCGAUGCCCCCCAAGAGGCUGCCGCUCACAUUCCGGAAACAUUGCCUGCCGGGUCCUGGCCUAGUGCUGGCAUUGUCAAGUUUGAAAACUUCAGCACGCGGUAUAAGCCUGACGGCGAGGAUGUGCUCAAAAAAUUGACGUUCUCUAUCCAGUCGAAGGAAAAGAUCGGCAUCGUUGGUCGAACUGGUUCUGGUAAGAGUACACUUACCUUGUCACUUUUCAGGUUGCUUGAGGCAACUCAGGGCCAUAUUGAGAUUGAUGCCAUUGACACUUCCGGUUUGGGCCUAACCGAUCUUCGUUCCAAGCUCUCGAUUAUCCCGCAAGAUGCUCAGAUUUUCGAAGGAACUCUUCGUGAGAAUCUUGAUCCACUGGAGAGUGUUGACGACACACGGUUGUGGCAAGUUCUUGAGCUCUGUCAUUUGAAAGAGCACUUUACCAAGAUCGAGACAGGUUUAGAUACGCCGCUUGUCGACGGUGGAGAAAACAUCAGCCGUGGCCAAGCCCAACUUAUCUGUUUGGGUCGGGCUCUUGUGCAUGACUCUAAAGUACUGGUACUGGACGAGGCAACUGCGUCGGUUGAUGUCGAAACCGAUCGCAUCUUGCAACAGACGAUUAGAUCACAGUUCAGGGAUUGCACAAUCAUCACGAUCGCCCACCGGCUUAACACCAUCAUGGACUCUGACAAGAUCAUGGUUCUCGAUGGUGGUGUCUUGCAGGAGUUCGACACUCCUGAAAACUUACUUAAAUCCAAGGGAUUUUUCUGGUCAUUGCACGAGGCCAUGAUGAAAGACCCCGACCAUUCUAUUUAG